AUGGACCAGACCGGCACCCAACCCCUCAAGAAGGACCUGGAUGCCGUCAGACGAUUUCCACAACCAGAGACUACCAGGCAGAUGCAGAGGUUCUUGGGCAUGGCCACGUACUUACGUGCCCACCUGCCAACUAACUUUGCAACCGCAAAGAAGACGCUGAGAUCCAUUAUCCCCAGCAAGCCCCUCACCAAGCUGACGGUUACAAUCAACGCCGCGGAAGGUUGCAAAGUACCCAACAAAAACGUCCAGAUCCAGAUCAUUGAUGCCUAUCACCUAGAACUUGGGCACGCCGGUUGGAAGAAGAUUUACUGUACCCUCAAGGAACAUUACAAAUGGCCAUCUAUGCACCAGGACAUCUGGAAGAGGAUCCAAUGCUGUCAGGCAUUCAAGUGGUUCUUACAAGAUGCAGGAGUUCAGCAGCACAUAGCCCAGGCAACGCACCCGGAGGGCAACGGAUGCUGCAAGCGGACAAUCAAGACGCUUGGUCAAAUCCAAUCGAAAUUUGUUUUGGGAGACACACCAAUGUGGGACCAACACAUACACCAAGCAGUCUUGGCCUACAAUAAUACCCCACAUUCGGCCACAGGGCUUGCCCCAGCAGAGGUUUUCUUCAACCAACCUGUGUAUCUGGAAGCCAACAAAACCUUUGGCAUGCAUCCGCCUCCAAUAAACAACCAGCUAGAGCAACUCCCAGCCACCAACAAGAAGGCGCAAGAGCAGUUUUGUACCCAAGGGCCGCAAGAAGUGGCCUCAUUUUCGACCAGGAGAUUUGCCAUCCGACCCAGACUUCCUACCAUCCACCAACAUGCCGCCAAUUGCCAAUUCAGGAUUCAGCAACUGGGUCCCUUCAUCGUCAUCCGCAACUUUGGUCAGGGAGAGUAUCAUGUGGGAGAGGGUAAACAUAUUUGUCGUGCUAAUGCCUGGGAAUUUAUCCCGGUUCGUGGGCUACCCUGUGCACCGGACCCAGUUUGGUCUAACCACCUGCAUCUGGUCGUAUCCCCAGACGUUGACGAUCCUUACUCGGACACCAACUUUCUUUUUGCAGACAAAUCAGCAGGAUUCUCACCGCAGUUAAACGUGUUCCGAGACCACAACUACAUGCCUCCACCUUCUUUACCGACAGUUGAACCUGAGGAGGUGUCAAUAAGUAAAGUUGGAAGCCUUAAGGCAGGUCCCUCCGAAAUGGGCGAUGGCCAUCUCAUAGAAGGUUUCCUCGGUGGAAAGCCGGGAGCUAUCCCAUUUGGGAGGAGCCAGAUUGCUAGCUCCAUCUACAAAAUACAUCUCAAAUAAUUUCCGAUUGCCACAAGCUUGUAGAACCACUGGCUGUACUAUUUUCCAUUUUUUCGUAUGAUCAAGAGCACGUAUAUUUACAUACUGCCGAGUCAUCUAUGAUCUAUAUGAUCUUGAUACAAUUCCUGCGGGAAAUUCAUUGACACCAUUUACUUCUGACACAAUUGGUUGAAGAACUCCAUUUGAGAAAUUGUGACGCGAUGUUUUAGUACAAAUGCCACUCAACGUCGCUCCAUUCAGGGCUACCUCUUCCACGCCAUCCCUAGGAGCGCCAGUCUUUCAUUGAGUGACUUGAGAAUUACCACAUUGAACUUCAACUCUGACACCCAAAAGAAAUACUGUACAGUCAAACCUUGAUUCAGCAGUGCGACCCUUACAUGGUGUCAUGCUCAAAAAAAGCAUAACUUGAAUUGUUUUUUUAAUCACAUUGUUGCAAAUACAGUAUAUUUGUCACUACAUGACACCUUCCUUCCCUGAAAAUUUGAAGCUUCCGUGGAAACAAUGGUGAUUCCUUCAUGCAAUUCCCU